AUGUGCUUGCGCAGAAGGAAGUGGAUUGUUGCUGCAGCAGCAGCAGGAGUCGCAGCGGCAGCAGGAGCAGCAGCAGCAGCAGCAGUUUCUGCAGCAGCGCCGGCGCUUGAGCAGCAGCAAGAGCAGUUGCCGCAGCAGCAGCAGCAUUCCCUGCAGCAGCAGCAGCAACAGCAGCAGCAGUUGUUGCAGCAGCAACUCUUGGAGCAACUUUAUCUGCGGUUGCUGCUGUUGCUGCUGCCGCAGCAGCAGCAGCAGCAGCAGCAAGCGCAGCAGGUGCUGCAGCAGCAAUAG